GAAAAAUUUGACCCAGAUCCCUCCCAGAAUCUUUUUUCGGGCACGUUUCGUGACUUCUUUUUUUCUACUCUCGAGGAAAAGCCUCCCCCUGUCAGCGCUAGCUCGUAGCAUGGCCAGCAGCAGUAGGACCAGCGCCCCGCCACCCAACCUCCCGCUCCUCCUGGGCCUGCUGCCCACCAUCGCCCUCCUCUCCCUGGGCCUCGUGGGCCUGGUGCGGGGCGACUGCUGGCUCAUCGAGGGUGAGAAGGGCUACGUGUGGCUGGCCAUCUGCAGCCAGAACCAGCCGCCGUACGAGACCUUCCCGCUGCAGAUCAACAACACGGUGCACGACCUGCGCCUCAACGAGAACAAGCUCAAGGCCAUCUUCUUCAGCUCGCUCAGUCGCUUCACCAACCUCACCGACCUCAACCUCACCAAGAACGAGAUCUCGUACAUCGAGGACGGAGCCUUCGCCAGCCAGGCCAACCUGCAGGUGCUCCAGCUGGGCUACAACAAGCUGACCAACCUGACCGAGGGCAUCCUGCGGGGACUGGGACGCAUGCACAGCCUCUUCCUGCAGCACAACCUCAUCGAGGUCAUCGCCAACAACGCCUUCUGGGAGUGCCCAAGCCUCAGCAGCCUGGACCUAUCGUCCAACAAGCUGGCGCGAAUCGACCCGUCCACGUUCACCGUACUCAACCGCCUCAUGGUGUGCGAGCUGGCCGGGAACCCGUUCCACUGCGGCUGUGAUCUCUUCAGCUUCCUCACCUGGCUGGAGAUGUUCAACAAUGUCACGCACACCUAUGACCGGCUGCAGUGCGAGUCGCCCAAGGAGCUCUACACGUAUCCACUGCUGAGCCCUGUGCCUGGACACGGCCGGAACGCGCGCACCAUCCUGGCGUCCGUUUGCCGGGAUGGCGUCAUGGGGAUGACCUCCCUGCCGCCCCGACCUGGGCCCGGCGGGCCCGAGGCCCGGACCCUGGUUGACCUGUCCCCGUACCACCAGCCCACGGCCACCUCCCCGUCCAACCCCUCGUACAGCAUCAGCCUCAAGCUGCAGAUGGUGGGCUCGAACGUGGCCAAGCUCCUGGUCCAGCUGCCCAGCCCCUACAAGAAGAUGUACAUCCUCACCGAGUACAACCACAGCAGCGUGUCGGACGUCCGCAACCUCAAGAACAAGAAGGAGCUGGUCACUCUCGAGAGGCUGACGCCACAGACCAACUACACCUACUGCGUGGCGUCCAUUCGCAACUCGCAGCGCUACAACCACACGUGCGUCGACUUCGCCACCCGGCCUGUGCCGCCGCAGGUCGUCAGUCCCUCGACCACCACCCACUACAUCAUGACCAUCCUGGGCUGCCUGUUCGGCAUGGUCAUCGUGUUGGGCCUGGUCUACUAUUGCCUGCGACGGCGCCGGAUGCAGGAGGAGAAGGAGAAGUCCAUCAGCGUCAAGAAGACCAUCCUGGAGAUGCGCUACGGGCCCGAGGCUGCCGCGGCCGCUGCGAACGACCCGGAGGCCUUGCAGAAGCUCCACGAGCAGACACACCACCACCACCACCAGCAGCAGCAGCAGCAGCAGCACAGCGGCGGCAAGAUGCCCUCGUCCACUUCGUCCAGCCUGGGCAUGCUGCACGGCUCGGCCAACACCAGCACCUCGCGGCUCUCCACGCUGCCGCAGGUGGAGAAGAUGGCCACGGCCUUCUCGGAGGCCAUCGCCGCCAGCAAGGGGAACUACAUGGACAUACGCACGUCGGCCGGCGGUGGCGUGGGCGGCGAAGUCUGCGACGGAGGCCUGACGGGAUUGGCUGGUGGCAUCCUGCGGGGUGAGAACGGACACGAUGGCGGGGAGGACUCGGACGACGACGACGGCGACGGCGACGGCCGGGGCUCCACGUCCGAGAUCUCCACGAUCGCCAAGGAGGUGGACAAGGUCAACCAGAUCAUCAACAACUGCAUCGACGCACUCAAGCUCGACACCGUGGCGGUAGCAGCAGCAGCGACGGCGGCGGCAGACAACCCGGCACCUCCCUCGCCCGCCUGCAUCACGACUCUGCCGCAGAGGCUCAUUCCCCUCUCCCCCGGCAUCACCGAAUCUUGCAAGGUUCUGGCGUCGCCCAAACUGCCCCGCCCUGCCCCGGUCAUUCCUCUUGUCCUGCCCCUCUUGGAGCGGCCCGGGAUCAGCGGAGGCGGUUUCCUCUCGCCCCCUUACCGGGACCCACCCCCCGCCACGGCGGCACGCCCCCUGCAGAGGCAGCUGAGCGCCGACGCCGCCGUGGUCGUCAUGGCGCCCCCUAGUGGCAAGGUGCCUCGCUGCAGCGUCUCCUCCUCCUCCUCCUCGGCUGGCGGCGGCGGCGGCGGCAGUGGUGGUCACGGCGGCUCGUCGAAGAAUGGCCAGCACGUGUUCAGCCUGGACGUGACCGAGCCGCGGAGCCCCGGGGCCUGCAAGUACCCCAACCAGGGCAGUCCGGCGGGGGCAGGGGGGGUGCGGUGCGGGGAGGUGGCCAUGGAGAGGCCGCCUCUGGUGGGUGUCCAGGGCUGUGGCGGGGGGGCAGGUGGUGACACCAGGGGAGGAGGUGGUGGCGGUGGGGGCAGUGGUGGUGGGGGUGGCAGCUGUGUCGGUGUCGGAGGUGGUGGUGGAGGUGGUGGUGGAGGUGGUGGAGGCACUGGGCAGCCGCAGCAGCACCACCUUGAGGUGCACCCAGACUACCACUGCUCAGAACACCGGCACUCCUUUCCUGCCCUCUACUAUGAGGGCGCCACCGACUCUCCCGCCCAGAAGGCCUCCUUCCUCAAGCCCCUCACACGCACCAAGAGGGACGCGGUCUACUCCCAGCUCUCGCCCCGGCACCACCACUACUCGGGCUACUCGUCCAGCCCUGAGUACUCGUCCGAGAGCACCCUCAGGAUCUGGGAGCGCUUCCGCCCUUACAAGAAGAGCCCCAGAGAGGAGGCCUACAUCGCCGCCGGGCACGCCCUGCGCAAAAAGGUCCAGUUCGCCAAGGACGAAGACCUGCAUGACAUCCUCGACUACUGGAAGGGGGUGUCUGCUCAGCAGAAACUGUGAAUCAGGGGAGGGGGUGGGAGAUCACGUCAACAGC